UAAAACACACGCACAUCACUCCCACACACAGUGUACACCUGGUCGUUGAUGCUGUGAAAGUAGAUACAGAAAGGACUAGUGGAUGCCGUAAAGUAGAUACAGAAAGUAUAUACUAGUGAUUUACAAAUGUAAGAAAAAGUAAUCCAGCAAGGACUAGUGAGAUCCACGUGACGUCUUGUUGAUUAAAUUCCCUUUCAAUCCAUGGAUGUUGUAGGAAAGUAGUGCAGAAAUACAUCUUGAAUUGUCUCCUGGCCGUUGGAAUGUAAUUAGACCAUGACCAAAUAUUGCCUUUGUUUCUUUUAUUUGCCCUGAUUGACAUGGAUGGAGUGAAGUAGCUAGUGAACCCCUUCUCUGCCUAUAACCUGUAACUAUUAUUAUUCUUUGGACUGAAAUAUGUUAGUGAACCCCUUCUCUGCCUAUAACCAUGGUCUUUGCUGGUAUGUAACUAGGAGCAUGAUUGAUGAUUGUUCAUCUAUAUGUGUUAGAUUGUAAUGCUUGCAAUUAAUGUAUAAUUUUCUUGAAGAAUGUCUGCCGAUUGGAGUGACGAUAACACUACGAUCUUGACCGAGCUCUUUGUCCAACAAGUGCGUGCUGGCAAUAGGCCAGACAAGCACUUGACUCAAAAUGCUUAUGAGGAAGUUGCGAAGGAUUUUAAAGUCAGAACAGGCCUGGAGUACACCAGGCUCCAACUAAAGAACAAGUGGGAUAAGUUGAAGACUGAUUACAGCAAUUUCAGAAAACUCAAAUUGAAGGAGACUGGUGGUGGGUGGGACUAUGAGAGAAACACCAUCAAACAAGAUGAUGAAUGGUGGAAGAAAGCAAAGAUAGACAUCCCUGGCUGUGGCAAGUUCCGAAAGCGCGGACUUCGAAAUGAGAAUAACUUAUCUAUCAUGUUUGCUGACAUCACAAGUGAUGGUACAGAUCACUGGAAUCCUGCUUCAGGCACCAUUCCCCAAUCUAGCAGUGCAACUUCAGUUUUCAAUGUGGACGACACACAAGAUGUUGAUCUGGAGGAGCCCAAACAGAUGUCAUUGGAUAGUGACAAUAAUAGUGAUAGUUAUGAAGAAAGGAAGAAGAGGGGAAGUACUGUGACAACUAUUUGA